CAACCCACAAAAUAUAUAUGCACGUACAUUAGUGGCAAGAAACAAAUUCAAACACCACCACCAGCAGCAUGGCGGAGAACCGCCUCAAAAUCCGUAUCCGGUGCAUUCUCCGGUCAUGCAAAUCGAAAGAGCAAAUCUCCGACGUGAUUCCGACCCACCACCCAUUGUUGAUAACCCAGAAACUCCCUCUCCUCUCUCCCGCCGACGUGAAUGGUCGGAAAUGCCCCCCGGCCUCCCCCAUCAUCUCCCCUCUCAACAAUUUCCCCAAAUACAAGAAAAAACCCAAGCCCAACAAAAGAGGCCGCUCCUCCAAAAACAAGUGCGCUUUUCAACAUCGCUUUCCCGAUUGCAACUACGUUAACGGACUGUUUAGCAGCGACGACGAUGAAGAAGAAGAAGAAGAUAAGUGGAGGGCGGCGGUGGAGGACAGCUUAGCGGUGGUGAAGCGCUCCAGCGAUCCGUACAGUGAUUUCAGGAAUUCAAUGGUGGAAAUGAUCGUGGAGAAGCAUAUCUUCGCUACCAAGGAUUUGGAGAAUUUGCUGCGCUGCUUUCUCUCUCUAAAUUCUUAUCAUCAUCAUAAGGUUAUAGUUGAGGUCUUUGCUGAGAUUUGGGAAGCCUUCUUCUCAUGCGAUCAUCAUUUUCCUAAUUUCAAAUAGAGGAUCAUCAUAUCUCCUUCGUCUUUUUCUCCACCCCCACUUUAAUUUAAUCAUGGAAUUAUAUUACAUAAAUUAAAUUUGUUUGUACAUCUUCAUCUUGUCCCUAUAAAUAUUUGAAUUUCAUCGUACAAUUUCAGAAA